CAGCAGUGAUGAUAGCAUGGAUAUCGAUAUCAGUAAUGAAAACAAUAUCCGAGAAGUGCUCCAAGUAUAUGACCCCACUAACCCAGAUGACCCUACUAACCCGGAUGACCCCACUAACCUAGAUAAUCCAGCUAAUCCGGAUAACACCGCUAACCCGGAUGCUACUGCCACUGCUAACCCAGAUGCUACUGCCACUGCUAACUCGGAUGCCACUGCUAACCCAGAUGCCACUGCUAAUCCAGAUGCUACUGCCAACCUGGAUGCCACUGCUAACUAG